GGCUGCAGCGACCUGUCUCUUUAAGUUGGUGUCAAAGCCGAUUACCGCUGAUCUCCGUCGUGAUUCUGUUUUCACCGUCUGUUCUCUUUGCGUCUAUUUCGGUUUUUGUGCGCUGCAGCGCGCGACGCAACGCUCGUAACGGCAACACUCCUGAGAUAAAGUUGGGAGCAUGGAGGCGUCGUGAGGUGUCUCCCGUGGCUCUGCGUGACGUGGAAAGCCCCCGUGUAACGUGUGCGGGGAGCUCGCGAAGGUGAUGUGCGCCACGCGCCGCGGACUCUCCAACUUUUCCCACCAUGCUAAGCCCGGAUUAGUUCUCGUGAAACCUCCCGGGAGAUGUGAUGUGAUGCCUCGGGUUACCGUUUGAAGUUGAAGCACCGAAACAAAACCGACACAAAAAAAGAUUAAAAUGCAGAAGGGCGUGCGGUACAACGAGGGCCACGCGCUCUAUCUGUCGGUGGUCGCGCGUAAAGAGGGCUCCAAGCGCGGCUUCCUGAGCAAGAAGACCACGGAGAACAGCCGCUGGACCGAGAAGUUCUUCGCCCUCCACCAGAACGUGCUCUUCUACUUCGAGAACGACCAGAGCGCGAGGCCCUCCGGGAUAUACCUGCUGGAGGGGUGCACGUGCGAGCGUGCACCUGCGCCCAAGGUCUCCGCCAUCAGCAAGGAGCCCCUGGAGAAACAGCAGCACUACUUCCUGGUGAUUUUUGGCCACGAUGGACAGAAACCGUUGGAGCUGCGGACGGAGGAAGAGUCGGACUGCAACGAGUGGGUGGAUUGCAUCCAGCAGGCCAGUUACUCCGACAUCAUCAUCGAGCGUGAGAUCCUGAUGCAGAAGUACAUCCACCUGGUCCAGAUCAUGGAGACGGAGAAGAUCGCAGCCAAUCAGCUCCGCACUCAGCUGGAGGACCAGGACACCGAGAUCGAGAGGCUCAAAGCCGAGAUCGUCGUGGUGAACAAAACCAAGGAGAGGAUGCUGCCUUACCAGAACAACCAAGAGGAGGAAGACCCCGACAUCAAGAAGAUCAAAAAGGUGCAAAGCUUCAUGCGCGGCUGGCUGUGCCGGAGGAAGUGGAAGAUCAUCGUCCAGGACUACAUCAGCUCGCCGCAUGCCGAGAGCAUGAGGAAGAGGAACCAGAUCGUCUUCAACAUGGUGGAGGCGGAGACAGAGUACGUCCACCAGCUCUCCAUCCUGGUCAACUGCUUCCUGCGGCCGCUCCGCAUGGCGGCCAGCUCCAAGAAGCCUCCCAUCAGCCACGAUGACGUCAGCACCGUGUUCCUCAACAGCGAGACCAUCAUGUUCCUGCACGAGAUAUUCCAUCAGGGUCUCCAAGCUCGGAUCGCCAACUGGCCCACGCUGGUCCUGGCCGACCUGUUCGACAUCCUGCUUCCGAUGCUGAACAUCUACCAGGAGUUUGUCCGUAACCACCAGUACAGUCUGCAGGUUCUGGCCAACUGUAAGCAGAACCGAGACUUUGACAAGCUGCUGAAACAGUACGAGUCCAACGCAGCGUGUGAGGGACGAAUGCUGGAGACGUUCCUCACGUAUCCCAUGUUCCAGAUUCCUCGGUACAUCAUCACUCUUCACGAGCUGCUGGCUCACACACCUCAUGAGCACGUGGAGCGUAAGAGUCUGGAGUUCGCCAAAUCCAAACUGGAGGAGCUGUCGAAGAUGAUGCACGAUGAGGUGAGCGACACCGAGAACAUCAGGAAGAAUCUGGCCAUAGAGAGGAUGAUCGUAGAGGGCUGUGACAUCCUGUUGGACACCAGUCAGACCUUCGUCAGACAAGGCUCCCUCAUCCAGCUGCCGUCCAGCAGCGAGCGGGGGAUGCUCAGCAAGGUCCGCCUGGGCUCCCUCUCCCUGAGGAAGGAAGGAGAGCGACAGUGUUUCCUGUUCACCAAGCACUUCCUCAUCUGUACACGAACAUCUGGAGGGAAGCUUCAUCUGCUGAAGCAAGGAGGCACGUUGUCUCUGAUAGAGUGCACUCUCAUCGAAGAACUAGAAGCCAGUGAUGAGGACUACAACGCAGCAGGUCAAGGUUUCAACCCCCUGGAGUUCAAGAUCGUGGUGGAGCCUCCGGACGGUCAGUCCUUCUCUGUCGUCCUAUUGGCUCCUUCUCGCCAGGAAAAGGCUGCCUGGACCAGUGACAUAAGCCAGUGCAUUGAUAAUAUCCGAUGUAACGGCCUGAUGACCAGCGUGUUUGAGGAGAACUCCAAAGUUUCUGUGCCGCACAUGAUCAAAUCUGACGCCCGACUGCAUAAAGACGACGUCGACAUUUGCUUCAGCAAGACGCUCAACUCCUGCAAGGUCCCUCAGAUCCGGUACGCCAGCGUGGAGCGCCUGCUGGAGCGGCUGACAGACCUGCGCUUCCUCUCCAUCGACUUCCUCAACACCUUCCUGCACACGUACAGGAUCUUCACCACGGCGGCCGUGGUCAUCGACAAGCUGGCCGACAUCUACAAGAAGCCAUUUACCUCCAUACCUGUCAGGGUCGAGCAACAUUCAUGUGAUCGUCUGUCCAUCAUGUCCCUCUGUCCUGACUACAGUCUGAAGAUCACACAGCUUGCUCUGGAUCAGUCCAAGUCUCUGGAGCUCUUCUUCGCCACCAACCAGGGCUCGUGGGGGACGGACCCCCUGAACAACAAAUCCCCGAGGUUGGGCCGCAAGUUUUCCUCCCCUCCGCCUCUCACCAUCCCCUCCCGCACCUCCUCCCCCGUCCACUGCCGCAAGCUCUCGCUCAGUUCCCCCAUCGGUGGGAAAGCCGGAGCCCUGGACCUCUGCACCAGCCCCACCUACUCUGCAGCCAGCUCCCCCACCUCCUGCCACAGCCCCUCCAUCCCCUCUCCUUCACCCACCUCCACCAGGCCUCCCUGCUCUGGCUUUUCCCCGCCGCCCACCGUCUCCACCAAGGCCCCCUUGGACCUCAGCCGCGGUCCCGGCUCCCCGGAGCUGAGCCCAGCUGCCGGGGAGGACGUCAGCGGGGAGCUGCCUCGCAUCGACGCCUUCUGUGGGAAGCUGAGGCGCAGCAUCCGCAGGGGUGUGUACAGCCGGAGCACAAAAGCAAAUGAUUUUAUAAAACAGGAGUAAACCAGUCAGGUAGCUCUCGCUCCAUCAAGUCCUGCAUGAUUUAUUUUAUUUGCUAAUAUCACACUUGAAUCCGACAUGUCGCUGACCCGCACUCGAGGGAACGAGAGACAUAAAUGGGUCACCGUUACCCGACGGAGGCGUAGUCGUGCCGUCGGAUCGCCAUCUGGCUCCAGCCGACAGCUUGUUCACUAUAAAAACAGCGGCGGAGCGUCAGGUCACAAAGUCUCUGAAGAGAGAACGAGGAGACAAAUGAAAACAAGCUCUUUUGUGGGAAAAGACUUAUUGAAGCGGUGAAAUAGAGAGCGCUCCAAUAACAACACACAAUAACAAAUGCACAUGAACAGUCACGCUCUCUCAAAGGUUAUAUUGCAGAUUAUUUUUAUCCAGAUGAAGUAUUUUUAGUCUAUCUUUUGUAACAAACACACCUGGUGUUUUUAUAUUUUACAGGCAGCGGUUUAUGGCAGAUUUAGUGACGUUGAUUAUCAAAAUGAAUUGAAUCUAAAUGAACGAGCACCUGAACAGUUUCUCCAGAGAAGAGAGUUUGAUGGAUCCAGUGGUGAAAUAUAACCAAGUAUAUUUACUGAAGUACUGUACUUAAAGGUACUGUGAGGAACUUUUAUCUGGUCCUGAACCAGUCUCA